AUGGGAGGAAUGAUGUCAUCACCGGCCACCGGGGCUACUUUCACGGUAGGCUCGGUUGAGGAGCUGCUGGCGCAGGUGCCAGCCCUCAAAGCGCCACCUGCUUCGCCGGCAGUGGCUGGGGCCCGUGUGCUAAUCAUCGGUGGCUCGAUCGGCGGAGCUGCAGCCGCCGCUUGCUUGCGUGCUGCGGGCUUUCAGCAUGUCCAGGUGGUGGAGCGCAGUAGCGGGUUGCAGCCGGGCGCCGGCAUUGGCAUGGAUGAAGCCACAGUGGCCGUUCUGAAAGGCCUCGGUGUGCCCUUGGCAGAAGCUUCUGCCAGUGCACCAGCUGGUGCCGUGGUGCUGCAGCGGAUGCGCUGGUGUGAGGAGCGCCUCGUCUCCGGCCAGGCAGUUCUUCGGCAGCCGCUGCCGUACUUUGCCGCGAGGUACUCGCAGCUGCAGCAGGGCUUGAUGCAGCGGCUGCCCGAAGAAAGCAUCAGCUUUGGGCGCAAGGCUCUCCGAGUGGAGCGGCUGGAACAAGGCGAGCCAGGCUUGCGUGUACACUUGGAUUCUGGGGAGCCUAUUGAUUGUGACCUCUGCAUCUGCGCAGAUGGCCCGCGCUCUGCCUUCCGCUCACAGCUGGGGCUGGAAGGCCCUGGAAAGGAGCUCCGCUUUGCGGGUUACACUGGCUGGAGGGGCGUCGUGAAGGAGGCAGACCUACCAGAGGCUACGCGGAACAAUCUGCGUUCGGCCUAUCCGCUGUAUGGCAACUGCUUGUACUUCAUCAUGAGCGAGUGCGGCCGUGGCCAUGCUGUACUCUAUGACCUUGGCGAUGGGCUUCUGAACUGGCUGAUUUAUGAGAUUCGGCCCCAGGGACCUGUUGCUGAAGCAGGGAGGACGACAAGCGCUGCAUCUGCGGCAGAUGUGAAACGCUUGCACAAAGAGGCACAGGCUGUUUGGGGCGAGGCUUUGGGAGCAGUCGUCGAAGCGACUCCGGAGCCCUUCUGGAAUGACAUCUACGACAUUGCAGAGCCCCUGCAGACAAUGGCAGCCAGCGAUGGGCCCAUGGCUGGCUUUGCAGCCAUGCUUGGUGAUGCUGCGCAUCCCAUCACGCCUCAUAUGGCAAAGGGCUCCAACCUAGCAGUCCACGAUGCCUUUGCUCUUGCAGCAGCUGCAAACAAGGCCACAACGGUUUCAGAGCUUCUUGCAAACUACUCAGCUGUCCGGGCUGAGGAAACCCGCCGCUGCGUGCUGCUGUCGAGGCACCUGGGAUGGUUGCGUAAUGGACAGCUCCAACUGGGUGCAGAAGACAAGGUGGCAGAUGCUAAGAGCUUCCCGCAGGACGAAGGCACCUUCCUCCAGCUGCUUGCUAAAGCCGCUCUCCCCACUCGAACGCUGCCCGUAGGUGGCGACUUCGAAGCACUUUGGCGUCACGUCGACGCCCAGCUUCCCACAGAGCAACGCGGCUAUUUCCUGCAACGAGACAAAGACUCUGGCAGCUCCACCCUGGAACCCCCAGCAGCAGCAAAGCGCCGUAGCCUCGAGGUGACAUGCCUGAACCACGUGUCCCGUGAGACGCACGAUGUGGCUCGGCUGGCGCGCUUCUACGAAGAAGUCCUGGGCUUCCAGCGGCUUCCACGUCCUAACUUCGGCUUUGGCGGAGUCUGGCUCCAGCUACCCGGUCCUGGUGCCCAGGCGUUGCACAUCAUCGAAGCGGACCUGGAGCUGCGGCGUCCCCACGUUCCGGAGGCUGGGGCCCCACCGCCGCUGACUGACUCGUGGCUACUCUCCGGUCUGCCGGAGAGGCACAUCCGGAGGAGUCACCACAUCGCCCUCACUGUGCCGGACAUUGAAGUGGCGAGAAGCAUUUUGCAGGCGCAUGGCCUGAAAUUUGCGGAAGCGCCGGUACCUGGAAAGCCUAUUACGCAGCUCUUCGUGUACGAUCCUGAUGGCAAUGGCGUGGAAAUCGGCAACUUUGAUGCGCGUAGCUAG